AUGACCGAGCUUAUCGGUGAAGGCGGUGGAGCCACAAGUUUCGAACUUCCUGCUCGAACAAACAACAACAACAACAAGAAACCAACAAAGACGACGACCCUCCUUUUCGAACCAGCCAACAGCCUCAUCCCGCACCGUCUUCGUCUUCAACACCCAGCGUCUCUCUCUCUUCCACACAAGCACACACACAUACAAGCUACCAGCAAGAUGUCGUUCCAGGACCGUGUGCAGCACCAGAUCGCCCAGAUCGAUAAGGAACUCUCCAGAUACCCAGUGCUCAACAACCUCGAGCGACAGACCUCAGUGCCCAAGGUAUACGCCUUCCUCGGCGUCGCAGGCAUCUACGUCUUCCUUGUCUUCUUCAAUAUCGCCGGAGCUUUCCUCGUCAACCUCGCCGGCUUCGCCAUCCCAGGCUACUACUCCCUCAAUGCCCUCUUUACCUCCUCGACGGCAGAUGACACUCAGGUAGGCAGUGCAAUGCUUUGGCUGCUCUCUCUCUCUCUCUUCCGACGCUUACGUUUCGUCAUCUGUGCUCGUGCUAACGUUUUGUUUUACUGGGUUGUCUUUGCGCUGUUCAGCGUUGUUGAGAGUGCUAUCAGUGCUUCAUACUGGUUCCCAUUCUACUACCUAUUCAAGUUCUUCCUCGUCCUCUGGAUGGCACUCCCACAGACCAGCGGAGCUCAGAUUGUCUUCCACUCAUUCAUCCAACCUGUCUUCGCCCGCUACUUCCAGAGCCCCUCUACCUCCUCCAACCUGAGAGCCCAAGCUGAGCAGGCCGCCAAGGAGCACUCCUCUUGA